AUUAUUGUGAUUCGUAUUUGUGUACGAAUAGUUUGUGUAUUUUUGUAGUUCUUUGUGUACUUUCACAAUUUUCUUUUCACAUAUCAUGGUAUUUUUCCAGUGAUAGUUAAUUAUCUACUUAAUAUAAAUAAAUUUUCAUCAACAAUACUAUGUUGUUAUAGUCAUCAUAGAAGCUAAUUAUUGAAAAUUACAACAAAGCUGUGAUAAGAUGCCUCAAGAAAUAUCACAACGAAGAUUAUGGAAAAUCGAUGUGGAUAUUCCAUUAUGUUUAAUGUGUUUUGCUAUAAGUUUAACAGGAAAUGUUCUUACCGAUUUCAUCGUAUAUCGUACAUGCUACGUGACACUGGGAUACAAUAAAACCGAAUGUGCCUUGCUCAAUUCAAAAGAUACAAAUGAUACCUCGAUAAAAGAUUUAGAAGAAAAAGUACAAGUGGUAGCAUCAUUAUUUACAAUGUCAUCAACAGUGAUAGGAGCUAUUAUACCAGCAACUUUGGGCAUGUUUAUGGGACCAUGGUCUGAUAAACAUGGACGGAAGCCAUUAAUUGCAUUACCGUUAAUUGGUUAUAUGAUUCAUUUAUGUAUUAUUGUUACAUUAACGUUUAUCCCGAAUGCAUCACCCAUUUUUAUCGUUUUAUCAGCUUUACCAAUGUCUUUUUCUGGUGGAUUUAGUGCCAUGUUAACUGGCAUUUAUUGUUAUAUAAGUGAUCUUGUUCCGGUUAAUAAUCGUGCCGUAAGAAUUGGUAUACUACAAGGAAUGCUUUCAUUCGGAAUCAUAGUGGGUGGCUUAAGUAGCGCUCCACUUUUAAAGGCAACAAACUAUUCAGUGGUUUUUGGUACAGCCGCAUUUAUGUUAUUUAUUGCCGUAAUGUAUACAAUAUUUUUGGUACCAGAAUCAGUUCGAAAUCAAGAUGAACCAGGCGGUUUAUUUAGUAUGGUUGAUUGUAAUUUGGUGAUUGAUUUGUGGUCAACAUGUUUUAAACAACGGUCAGAGAAUCGUCGUUUAGCGAUUUGGUUAAUUAUUAUGUCAUUGGGCUUAAUGUUAUUUAAAAUGGAUGGUACCUUUCAAUUGGAUUAUUUGUUUGUACGGGAAAAGUUUCAUUGGACCUUACAACAGCAAAGUAUUUAUAGUGCAAUAACUUCGUUUACGGGUAUUAUUGGAUCAAUGCUCACUAUUUAUAUAUUUAGUAAACUUUUGAAUGUAUCUGAAGUGAUAUUGGGUCUGGUAUCGUUUAUCUCAGCAGCUUCAGUUGCCUUUAUGAAGGCGUUUGCCCAAACUAGUUGGCAAAUGUAUAUGACAAUUCCUGUUGGAAUGUUUGAAGGUAUGGGAAGUCCAAUGUGCCGUACUUUAUUAUCACGCAUGGUACCUGAACAGGAAUUAGGUAAAGUAUUUGCAAUGGCCGCAUCAUUAGAAGCAAUUAUGCCCUUAAUAUCAGCACCAACGUAUACAUAUAUUUAUGAUAAUACAUUAACGACGUUUGCAGGGGCUUUUUAUCUUUUAUGUGCUGCCACGGAAUUAUUAAUUAUAGUAUUAUUUUGUAUAUUGUAUUUUGUAACGAGAAAUCUGCAGACAAGCAGCAAUAUAACGCCUGUUAAACUUAACGAUGACAUCGAAGGAGAAGAAGAUGAAUAGAUGAAAAAUAAAUAAAUGCAAGACUUAAUGAAAACGAUGAAACGUACUACUUAUGUGAUAAUUAUUAAUUAUUUUUAAUGUUAA